CGAGAAGCAAGUAGGGUUCUAGCGCGGUUUUUAAUAGAUGACUGUGUAAUGCAUUCGAAGCGUUGCUCUACUAACUUCUAGUCUCGAUAAUCAGUUUGUCUUAUUCUGAUGCAUGUGUUGUUUCGGAUUGUUGUUGAUUGAUUUUUCUAAUAAAUAUAGUCUCACACUCCUCCAGCUCAUAAGGUACCUUCAGGGUUAUCGCAAACUUACCGAUAUCUGAAGUUAAAAUUGUCUGUGGCUUCUUUGGACUUUGAAGUCGCAGAGGAUCCACUCUUAUUAGGCAAAGUUAACCGAGUUUCUUUUAUUUCAUGUACAAUCAUCGCUAUUUUUGAGCCAGUAAUUAUUAAGAAGUUCUGAUAUUCAGCGAAGCUUUGUAAUUCCUCCGUUACAUGUCCCGGCACAGAAAUAUACGAACGUUGUGCGAUGAUGAUGUUGAUACAUAUGAUGAAGCCUUCGCUAGUUCAGUUGAUGAUGACUAUACAAUAUCCCCGAGCACCUCAGAACGAUACAUAUAUAAUCGUGACUAUGUAUUCGAGCAGGAUAUUUCAUUGAUCAAUCCCAAACCAUUAAGCUUCACAGCAGAAGAUUUCCCAGCAAACGAAACCAAGAACUUAAAACCAGAUUCUCCUGCAGAUGUAUCUGGAAGAAUACAGUCUUGCCAAGCAUUUGACUUCUCCCAACCAAAAACCAACGCAGUUACGGGUCAAAAUAAUGGUGUGUGUGGCUCUGAUGAAGUGUUUGACAACAGUGAUCUUUUUGACUCAAUAGGUAGUUUUAAACCUCUAAACACGAGUGUCAUUGGGAAAAAUAAGCUAGUUAACAACACAGUUUCUGUAAAUAAAUCAAGAUUAGAGGAGUUGGAUUUUGAAUUGCUUGACCUCUUAACUUCACAACCCUCUUCAACUCAACAGUCGUUACAAAAGCCUUCUAAAACCACUGAUAUUGUACAAGAUACCACAGUCUGCUUCCGAUCAAAUCCAACUAAUCUUCAUUUGCUGUCAAAAACAACGCAGCUUUUUAGCUCAAAUUGUAGUGUUUCGAAGUUAGCUGGUAAUACAACUUGUGAUAUUCCAGUACAAAAAGCUAACAGUACUGGAGCUCUCACGGGAUAUAAAACCCCUAGUUUCCUUGGUUUGUUGCUAUCAUCGUAUACCGCUGAUAAAUCAAAAGGAUUUGAUGGAAUGCUAUCAAGGUUUUCACAUAUUCUCGUUCGCACCCGCUCCCCCUUUUAUAACUGUCUGUUCAUACCACGUACCGUCUCUGGAUUUGUUUUUGAUAUCCCGGAACCCAAAACUUUCGAACGUUAUAGUUCAAAAGUAGCCAACGUAGCGACCAAACCUUGCAGUCAAAGAAAAGUCACACCACAUGCUCAAACAACUCAAACACGUUCUACAGAAGGCGCUGAUCAUGCUGAUACUUCAUUAUUAAAUAUAUCCCUUUCUCAGAAAUUGACAAUCUCUAGUCAUUUUGACGAACGUUCUAACUUACGUACUCCAGGCGAUAAUACGGCAACUCCUAGCAAACCCAUCGACCGGCAUUCUUUGGUGAAUGAAUAUUCCAAACUGCAUAAAGAGUCAGCUGAAAAAGAGAUAAUCAAUCUCAUUGUUAUGGGACAUGUGGACGCUGGUAAAAGUACCCUAAUGGGAAAUCUACUAUAUUUAUUAGGGCAUGUUUCUAGUAAGCAAUUAGCUAAAUAUCAAUGGGAUGCACAAAAACUUGGCAAAGCGUCAUUCGCAUAUGCAUGGAUUUUAGACCAAACUUCUGAGGAAAGAAAUCGUGGUGUUACAAUGGAUAUUGCACAAACUUCAUUUGAAACAAAAUCAAAACGAGUCGCUCUGAUGGAUGCUCCAGGACACAAGGAUUUUGUUCCACAAGUUAUUGGUGGCGCAACUCAAGCUGAUGCUGCUCUCCUGGUUAUCAACGCUACUCGAGGUGAAUUCGAAACUGGAAUUGGUGCUGGAGGUCAGACAAGAGAACAUGCUCGAUUGGCUCGUUUAUUAGGUGUUUCUCGUUUAAUUGUUGCUGUAAAUAAAAUGGAUACAGUAGAAUGGUGUCAAUCACGAUUUAAUGAAAUUCAGGCGCAAAUAUCUAGUUUUCUAAAAUCUAUGAAUUUCUCCGGAGUUGUAUAUUGUCCAGUGUCUGGGUUGGUUGGAGUUAACUUAGUACCUCGAAAUUCGUCCAGUAGUAAUAAUGGUAGUAGCAAAAAUACUUCAGAGACAAGUUCUAACCUGUUUACAUGGUAUACUGGACCCUCUCUACUGGAAUUUAUUGAUUCAAUUCCAUCACCUGAGAGAACUGUUGACGGACCGUUUCGUUUUGUUGUCAGUGAUAUAUUUAAACCUGCUGGUUCUAGUGUACCAAUGGUUGCUGGACGAGUUAUCUCUGGAGCUGUUUCUGGUGGUGUAAAUAUACCUACAAGUAAAGUUAUUUGUUUACCAAGUGAUGUAAGAACUAGUGUAAAAUCUAUUCGAUCAUUGUGUAAUACUCGUACUGAUCAAAAUGAUCAAAAUGAAGGUGAUCUAGGAGGUAAAUUAUUAGAUCAAGUUGUUAAAUUUGCUUUUGCUGGUGAUCAAGUGGCGUUAAUGUUAACCGAUAUCGAUCCAUUUCAAACUCUUAUUCCUGGUGAUUUACUUACUGAUCCAGAUAAUCCAAUACAACCAUCGAUUUGUAUUUCAGCUAAACUAUUAGUAUUCUCUAUACAACAACCUAUAACUAAAGGUUAUCCUGUUAUAUAUUAUUAUAAUUGUGCCAGUAUAGCAGCUAAUAUCACUAAAUUAAAAUCAAUGACUUAUCGAGAAAAUAAAAUUGAGAAAGUUGUUCGAAAACCAAGAUGUCUUCUUGGUAAUUGUACAGCAAAUGUAGAGUUGACAUUUGAAAGACCGAUUUGUAUAGAAGUUUAUGAAAAAUGUAAACCACUUGGACGAUUUAUGCUACGUGUUAAUGGUGAAUCAAUCGCUGGUGGUACUGUAACAGCGAUAAUUCCGUCAAAAAAGAAUCGCCUUGUUGACCACCUAUAGAAAAGCAGAAAAAAACAAUUAAUUAUAUCGCUUGAAGAGAAACAAUCAAUCUGAUCAGUUUUCAUAUUCAAUGCUUUAAGCCAGAAUGUCUUUCAUUAUUAAUUCAAUGUUUAAACACACAGACUGUUGUUGUAUAAACACUGGAUAGUUCCUGUAUAGAUGAUGAUAUGUAUCAUAUUCCAUCCAUACUUAUGAUCGUGUUUUGAUUUCAAAAAAAUCUAUUGGGAUUUUAUAUUGUAUUAUGUGAAUGGUAGUUAUUAUUAUUAUUUUUUUCUGCAAUUAUCUUCACUUGUUGUCUAUUUAUGUAAAGAAAACAGAAGAAAAAAAAUGUAAUCAGUAUUGAUCUAAAUACUAUGAAAAAUUCUCUUUUUUUUUAUUGAAAAUUUAUUCACACAUUCUUAAC